CGCUUGGCACAGAGGGACUGAACCGUUCCACAUUCCGCCUGUCAGUCUGUCCUGGUUUUGCUGCCUCUGCUGCCUACUACGGGAUAUCUGCUAUUGGUUCAUCCCCUCCUCUGCUCCCUCCCUCUCUCGUGAUUGUAUGUAAAUCCGGCGGAGCCAGUAGGUGAGGUUGGGGCUGGUGGCUCCUACCUCGGUGGCGCACACGAGACCCGAGAGCGGCCGAGGUGAGAUCGCUGCGCCGUCGGAGCUGUCCAUUGUACCGUGGUGCUGAACUCCACACCGUCUUCUCGCGUUCUCCAUCCUCUGUGGGCUCCACAGUGCGCCGGUGAUAUUUUGGGAAAGGAUUAUCAACCUCCUCUUUGGCCGCUUGUAGGUGCAAACUUCUCUUUCUCUCUCUCUCUCUGCCUGUCUCCACGUCGGAAAUUACAGCACACCCGCCGUGGAUCUGACUACCAUUGAUUGCACUUAGUUGAGAAGUGUUGCUUCAUCAUUUCUUCACUCCUCUUGUUUGGAUUAUCCUCCUGGAUGGUUUACGUUUGGACGCACAGAAAAAGACCAAUGAAGACAGCCAGAUGGUGGUCGGCUGCAAUUUUACUGUUGGGGCUCGGAGUGCUCGGCGCCAACGGGAGGCCCAACAAGGAGGGAUUCGGGUCACCGCCCUAUCGACCAGUCGUGAGAUUCCGACACAAGGAUGGGAUCCCCGAAAGCUUGAGAAUAAAAGGUUUUAUGGGACACAAUGCCUAUCCAGGUCCUUGUGAACACAAGUACUGCGGCCUGGGACGCCAUUGUGUGGUCAACCAUGAGACGGACCAAGGGGAGUGUAAGUGCUUGGAUCGCUGUAAACCGCACUAUAAACCGGUGUGUGGAUCAGAUGGAAAGCUGUACCAGAACCACUGUGAACUGCAUCGAGCCUCCUGCCUCAGAGGACACAAGAUUACCAUCAUGCACAGCGAGGAGUGCUUCUACAAAGAUGACAACUGCCGGUUGAGUGACUACCGUCGCCUGAAAACGAAGGUUCUGGAUUUGCAUGACAAACGUUACAUGGGCUCUUUUCUCCAUGGGACUCACAAGGACAGCAUGCCUGCCAAGAAGCAACUGGUUGACAUGAUGUUCAAACGCUUUGAUGCGGAUAAUAACGGCCAAAUAGAUUCCAGUGAGCUCUCACAGGUCAUCAAGCAGGAAGGUCUGACCAAGGACGUCUCCGAAUGCACCCUGUUCGACCUGCUGAAGUACAACGAUGUCAAUGACGACGAGCACCUGACAAAAGAGGAAUUUUACACAGCCUUCGAUGUGUACCUGCUGGCCCUUCCAGAAGACCAGAAAGUCAGCGUCACAACAGUAACAGUGGGCCAGAGUGUUGUGUUAACUUGCGCCAUCACAGGGGAGCGGAGGCCUCCUAUAUUGUGGAAGAGAAACCAUCAAUAUCUGAACGCCUUAAACCUGGAGGACAUCAAUAUCCCAUCCCAGGAUUUUGGAGAUGAUGGCUCACUGUACAUCACCAAGGUUACUACGACCCACAUGGGGAACUAUACCUGUCAUGCUGAUGGAUACGAGAAACUGUUUCAGACCCACACUCUUCAAGUGAACGUCCCUCCGGUCAUCCGAGUUUAUCCAGAGAGCCAAGCCAGGGAGCCGGGUGUCACUGCCAGCCUGCGCUGCCACGCUGAGGGCAUCCCCAGUCCACAACUGGCCUGGCUCAAGAACGGCAUGGACAUUACCACCAAGCUGUCCAAACAGCUCACCCUGCAAGCUAAUGGAAGCGAGGUGCACAUCAGCAACGUGCACUUCGAGGACACCGGCGCCUACACGUGCAUCGCCAAAAACGAGGCCGGUGUGGACGAAGACAUCUCCUCGCUGUUCGUGGAAGACUCCGCGCGCAAAACCUUGGCAAACAUUUUGUGGCGGGAAGAAGGUCUUGGCAUUGGCAACAUGUUCUAUGUGUUCUAUGAGGACGGCAUUAAAGUAAUUCAGCCGGUGGCAUGUGAGAUACAACGACAUAUCAAGCCCAGUGAGAAGCUGCUAGCUCUGCAGGAGGAGGUGUGCCCCGCCUUGCCCGGAGAGGCGGUCCAGAGGUGUGUGUGGUCAUCGGCGGUCAACAUCAAGGACAAGUUUAUUUAUGUGACACAGCCAACCUUGGAUCGAGUGCUCAUAGUUGACAUCCAGUCACAGAAGGCUGUCCAGACCGUCAGCACAGACCCUUAUCCCGUGAAGCUCCACUAUGACAAAUCUCACGACCAGGUGUGGCUACUCAGCUGGGGAGACAUGGAGAAGAACUUCCCAACCCUGCAAGUGAUCAAUCAGGCCAGUGGAAGGGUCUCCCACCACACCAUUCACACUCAGCCGGUCGGCCGGCGCUUCGACAGGGUGGACGACUUCUUCAUCCCCGCCUCCAGCCUCCUCAUCAACCACGUCAGAUUUGGUCUCAUCCUUCAUCGAAAUGAGCCUGUCCUCCACAAGAUCGACCUGGAGACGACGUCAUACGUGAAAAACAUCAGUUUACGAGAGUAUAACUGCAUUCCCAAGUCUGUUGCCUACACCCAUCUCGGCGGCUACUACAUUGUUAACUGCAGGCCUGACUCUACCGGUGCUACACAGCCCCAGGUCAUCUUAGACAGCGUGACAGAUAGUGUGAUUGGCUUGAACCGUGACGUCACCGGGACUCCCUACGUGUCUCCGGAUGGCCACCACUUGGUCACAGUCGACGAUGGCGAUGGCCUGAUGAGGAUCCAGACGAUCUCAGAGCGAGGUGAAAUUCAUGAGCCCUUCGACAUCCAUACCAACCUGCACCUAUCUGACCUGGCCUUCCAGCGCUCCUUCACCGAGGUCCACCAGUACAAUGUGUUCGGCAGCUCUGGCCGUCAAACUGACGCUCUUUUCGUAGAGCUGAGUAGCGGAAAGGUCAAGAUGAUCAAGAGCUUGAAGGAGGCAACAAAGUCGUUUGAGUGGCCGUGGAGCAGUAGGAAUAGGGUGAUGGUGGGCAGCGGGCUGUUUGGACAGUACCUCAUGACGCCGUCCAGAGAGUCCCUCUUCAUCCUGGAUGGGCGGCUCAACAAGCUCAACUGUGAAAUCACGGAUGUCCUUAAAGGCAAUGUGGUGGUGUGGGUUGGGGAGUCUUAAAUCACAAGGUCAAGACCCAGAGAGCUUUGUUUUUCUUCAGAGGUACUGUUGCACUGAAUUCUGUUGCAAAUUCUUUCAUUUUGUGGGAACGCGAUAAAGAAAACUACACAUUCAGAAACCAAAUUGAAGUGUUAGUUCAUUGAGUGGAGGGACUGUGAUCUUAAAACAAAAAUAUGUGAAGGCAUAAUUGAUUGAUAUUGUCUAAGGCCAAGUCAUUUUUUGAUUUUAUUCAACUUGGUGGUUGGCCUCUAUGUCAAACGAAGUUGCUUGCUAGUAAGAUUUUUCAGGAAAUUUGGUAUGAAUCCGUAAAUGUGUGCAACUUUUAAUUAUUAACCGAUUGUAUUCAUUGUGUGAGAAUGCUGUAGAUAAUCUCAUAACAAAAAGACACCAAGUGAAUCGGCAGAUAUACCUACAUCAACAAUGCGUAUGUCCAGAUAAACUCUUACUAUUUAACUUUACCCAUCCAAUCCCAAUUUUUCCUGUGCCUUCAAGGAAAAUUCCACUCCAUCAGAGGAAUUAGCAUAAAUAUUCCCACUGUGACGGCAGAUCUUUUUUUCCCCACCUCUUUCCUUCACAGUGAGUGCGAAUCCACACCAAUCUACUGCUCUCGUCUAUCCGUCCGUCCAACACGGCUGACUCGGUCUAAUUAAAAAAGCUCUUGCUGUGAUCCCAUCCUGUUUGAAGUGCAGUAUGAGUGGGUCAUUAGGGUUGUGUGCUCUGUAACCUUUGAUCUGAAAUUUUAGCCAGCUUUGGAAGGUUUUGAAUGAUAUUGUUUUGUUGUUUUUUCCCUUAUAGUCCAAAGCAGAAAGGUGAAAGUCAGUGGUGACGUUAGUUAAACUGUACCAGCUUUAUACACAAAACAUUGUGAGAUUUCAAAAAGUCAACAGUUGCAAAAUGCUCCAUAGCAAGCAGUCGAGUAGAGCACUUGCGUGUGAAGAAUCAUGACUUCAAUGUCCUUGGACCAAAAAGUAAAAAAAAAAAAAAAGCAAAGAAAAGCAUCUUAGAGUUUAGUUAAAUGUGGGAAAACAUGCUUUGUCUUGCAUGUUUCAAGUGAAUGUUUUAAUGUGAAGUAACAAUGAGGUAGUGCACUGGGGAGUGGAGUAGUUGUGGUUGUAUUAUGUGGAGGGUCAUUGAGGACACGCUUUGAAUGUGAGAAACAACUCUAUCUAAAUGCUCCUGCAGUAGAUUUGUAGCCGGCAAGUCAAUGAAACCGUUUCCUAGUUGGACACAUUUCUAUGCAUUUUCACCCUGGCACUCUAUGACUCUGAAUCACAAUGGGCAACUGUAUCUCAAAUUUAGAAUGGACUUUAAACAUGUACAGAUUAUGUAAAGUCAUUCUAUCUUUCCUGUUAAAACCUACCCUUAUAUAUUUCAGUUUUAAGUUAAUUUUCCUCCCGACAAAUGUUGUUUUCAGACCUUUAAACCCGACUGUACUGCUGAUGACAACCUCUGACCUUUAUCUCUGUCCAUGUCCUGUACAUAGCGGCUGACUGUGAGUCCAUUAGCUCCUCACUGAUGUACAGAUUCACGCAGGUUCUGUUGAUUUUUCCGAGCAAAUUAAUCAGCACUCUCCUUUUUAAGAAUGAAAACUAACAGCUGUCAUUAUCCACACCCUGUAUCCGAGCACAUUGUGAACACCGCUUCCACCUCCAUAUAACCACGUCGUGUAUGUUUCUUCAUGUGAAUGUUAUUUAUAUAGAGAAAACACGCUUGUCAUUUUACCCAACAAUAAAGACCUAUGUCAUGAAACACA